AUGAAAAUUGUUAAGAAGACCCUCCUGCUGUGCGAGGACAAGAUAAGGGAAGAGCAUCCGUUUAUUGAAGUAUUUGAUCUCCUUGCCAGAAGCAGCAUAACAAAUAGAGUAAUUCAGUCAAUCCCCAAGAUACUUCCAAAGGAUGACAAUGCAACACCGAAUGCCUCCAUGCCCGACCAGGGAUACGUAUAG